AUGAGCAGUUCUUGUUGUGAAAUAAUAACCUGUUUGUCCCCUUUUUCCCCAGCUGAAAAGCCAGUUGUGCUUUUGCAGCAUGGUUUUGCUCUAGAAGGCAGCAGCUGGGUUGCAAACAUGCCGAAUAAUAGCCUUGGAUUCAUGCUGGCAGAUGCUGGCUGUGAUGUUUGGAUAGGGAACAACAGAGGCACCUCCUGGUCACGAAAACAUCAAAACUUGACUAUUGACGAAGAACAAUAUUCUGCUUACAGUUUUGAUGAAAUGGCCAAAUAUGACCUCCCAGCAAUGAUCAACUUUAUUCUGGAGAAAACUGGAAAGCCCCAAAUACAUUUUGUGGGAUUUUCUCAAGGUGCCACUGAAGGAUUCAUUGCAUUUUCAUCCAUGCCUGACCUGGGUUUCAAGAUUAAAAUGUUUUAUGCUUUGGCUCCAUUAAGCACCCUUCAGAAUAUCCCAAAACACUAUGCCAUGCUCCUUUCCAUGUCUGAUGGAAUGAUCAAGAUGCUUUUGGGCAAGAAGGAUUUCUUGCUGAGAAGUGAGACUAAGAGAAACAUCACUAGAUCUAUGUGCAGCUCUAAACGCUUGAAGAAGUUGUGUUCUUGGAACCUUUCAGUUACUGGAGGUGCCAAAGAGAAUCACCUGAAUAUGAGUCGACUUGAUGUAUACAAAUCGCAUUUUCCAGAUUCAACAUCUGUUCAAAAUCUACUCCACUGGGCACAGGUAUACAAAUCUGGAACACUGAGAAAAUUUGAUUAUGGAAGUGAAAACCAAGAUAGAUACAAUCAGUCUGAACCUCCUGCAUAUGACCUAGGAUGUAUGAGAGUAAAAACAGCCAUAUGGUAUGGUGAAGAUGACUGGUUUGCUGGUCCUGAUAAUGUUAAACAAUUAAUGUAUCAACUCCAUGAUGUGGUACAUGAAUGCAAAAUACCUAACUGGACUCAUUUUGAUUUUAUUUGGGGUCUUGAUGCACCUGAGAAAGUUUACAAUGACCUAAUUACGCUUGUCAUGAAUGUACCAUAGCACUAUAACUUUUUAUUUGUUAAUGUAAAGGAGUACAGAUAAUAAAGAGGAUGUAUAACAUGUUCUAACAUUUUCCACUAUAGGUUAAAUGUUAGGCAAAGGACAUUCAUUUUAUACCAUACUAACCAAAUAUUCAUCAUUUUACCAGAUAGGAUAAGUGAAGUAUAGGGUUGUUACAGGGUGGGGAAUUUCUUGUAUCUAAAACUUACUGUUUAGAUAUAGCCACUCAUCCCUCUUAUUCUCUUCUGAUUUCUCUUUCUUGUCUCUUUGACAAAAAAUCAACAUACUGUUUUUGUAUCUUCAGUUCUGGCAGUUGUUUUAUGUUUAUAAACUACACGAUGGUGCUCUAGCAGAAUGGUGAGAAGGUUUGGGAAG